UUAAGUAACUGUAUAUAAAAGCUGGUCUUUGUCCAGCAGUACCACACAGAAAGGCAGAAGCAACAGGCUGAAAUUGUGCAGACAGAAGAGAAGAUAUUUUUCCAGCAGGUUAUCAAGGUCAAAGUCAUCUCCACCACCAGGAUGCUGGCUGUGUCUCUACUUGUUUGUGCCAUGGUGGCUCUGACUAGGGCUGCUGACGUAUGUCCCACUGAUUGGAAGGUGUUCAAUGGUACCUGUUACCGUUUUAAUCCAUCAGUAUUGCAUUGGGCUGACGCUCAGGAAAGCUGUAUGAAGGAGGGGGCAAACCUUGCAUCCAUACACAGCCUUGAAGAGUAUAAGUUUGUUAAGGAGCUGACAACUGCAGCCUUAACACCAUCAUGGCUUGGAGGUGGAGAUUGCCAAGUGUCAACCCGUUGGUUUUGGAUGGAUGCUACACGUUGGGAUUUUACUGACUGGUGCUAUGCACAACCUGAUACUACCUUAACUGAGUGCUGCCUACAGAUGAAUGUUGGAGUUGGAAAAUGCUGGAAUGACACACCUUGUACGCAUCUUCAUGCAUCAAUCUGCGCCAAGCCCCUCGCCUGAUUCCUGAGCUGACACAGAGGCAUCCACCACCAUCAAUCAUGUGAUUGUGUGUAUGUUUGCAUACUCUUCUGUGUUUUUCAUGUAUCAAGUCUAAUAAAUGGCUGAAAGUAACUGG